GUUCUCGCCCACUUGCUCAGCCUGUGCCUUCCAGCUGGUGCCGGAGCAGUUCAGGGCCUGCUUUUUCUAUGGCGAACCAGCAGAGGCGAAGCCAGCCAAGAGCAGCAGGUGAGGCGAGGGCAGUUGGCGGCCGUCCCGAUGGACCUGAUGUCAACAAAGACCGCUUGAUCUUCUGCAUCACAAGUCUCAUCGGCCAAAAAGUGACCGCAUCCUUGAGAAACAAUGUUCAGUACGAGGGCAUGUUUCACAGUUGUGCUCUCGACGGCGACUACUCCAUUACUUUGAAGAGUGCCCGAAGGCUUUUUUCGGACACCCAGAGUCGGAGCGCGGAGGUCGUGCCGACUCUGCUUAUUCCUGGUAAGGACUUUCUACAGGUCUCAGCCAUGAACGUGCCACCACCCUCUCCAGCCGAAGAAGGCCGGAAAGGCUUUGCCACCGAUGCUGAAAUCAGCAGGUUCAGACGAUCCAAGGGCACGACGGGAAGUGCCGCUGUUGCAGUCAACGCCGGCACCCUAUUGGCUGCCAAGCCUGUGGAAGGAGGCUGGGAUGUGAUCAGUGGCGAAGAUGUAGAGAACUCAGCGGUUCUGGAGCAGCAUCGUUUUGGAAUGCAGAUGUCUCUUCUGGGGCAAGGGACUCCAGAGGGCUUUGUAGACCACGAAUUUCCGGCACAGGCGCGAAGCAUCGAUGGUUUGGAGGGCCCCCCUGUACGUCGUGGGCAAGAGGCCCUGAUGCAGCUGUUGACUGCUCCAGAGAGGGACGAUGACGACGAGGAUGAGGACAUACCAGAUGCACCCCGAUGUCCCUGUGGCAGACGUGGACGACAAGGACAUGUGCAGGUGAAUGGCAUGGUAGCUAAGAGGCCAUACUUUCGAUGUGCAAAUCGCAGCUGUCGUUUCUUCAGCUUUGGUGAGCUUGCGUCUUCAUCAGAGGCACAAAGCUUUCCUUGGAUACGAUUGCGGACCUCGGAAACUUCAAAUCACCCGUCACGGACGACCCUGUCCCAGUCCCUGGUGGUUGUUGGGCGUGAUGGCUUCAGACCAGAAGAUGUAAGAGUUGGACAAAAGUCUGAAGCACUUGGGGAUGUUGUGUUUCUUGAGGCACUUGCUGUUUUGGCUGAACGUCCGAGUGUUUUGGACAAGCUGUUACCGAACAGUGGAAGUGCAAGUGGCUGUCACGAAGUAAGGCUUUGUGUUGCGGGCCUUUGGCGUUCAUUUCUCAUUGACGAAAGGUUUCCAAUGCUGCCAGCAGCAAACUCGAAGAAUCUCCAUGAAUCCCUCGCUUUUGGGAGAUCUGCAGGAAAUCAGCUUUGGAUUCCUUUAUUGGAGAAGGCCUACGCCAAGGCCCAUGCUGCCUAUCAAUUUGCCUUUCCAGCCCCGUUGCAGGUAUUCUUGGAGGAGUUGACCGGGGCAGUGGUUGAGCUUGUGCGCUUGGGAUCAACGAGUUGGAGCAGCAGAGGGUGUCCCUUUGAUGCGGAGGAACUUUGGAUUUUUUUGUCACGUCAGGUUGCAGAUGGUACGUUGGUGGUUUGCUCUGCUCGAUUCGUUCCAGCUGGUUGCUCAUCUGUCUUCCCGAUUCUGGAGAUUGGAGGUAACGGGGAUCCGAAAUGUCUAAAUGCUCGGCUACUCCGCCUGCGAAAUCCGCGAGUUUCUGGAAGUCCAUCGGGAAACAUUUACGAACAUAUGCUUUCAUUGUUGCGAGGGAGGUCAGCAGAGGCAUCAACCUAUGCAGAUGGCUCUUUUUGGAUAAACUAUGAUGAUUUUCUGUCCAGCUUUUCUCUGCUGUAUGUGUGUCAUGCAGCUUCAGCUGGUGGUUCUUUAAAGCAUACCCGGACUUUUGAAGGCGAUUUCACUAGUCCAUUUGAUGGUCUGGGCACUCGCGGAUGCACCCUUCGUGUCUCGACUCUUUCGACCUGUGAUCUGUGGAUUUCAUGCCUGCAGCCAAUUCCAAAAGGAACUCGCCUCCUACAACCGUGCAUGGGUCACGUUUUGAAUGACCUUGGCAUCAUCAUUCUUGACACGAGCAAUCAUGGUCAGCCACGAACAAUUUGCUUUGGAGGAGCCACUGCAGCUUUGAGUUGUCACGUUUCCCUUGCGGCAAACCAAGAGCUCUUGAUUUUUCCUGUGAGUUUCCGAAGUUGGCCCGGUCCUGUGUGUUUGAGGUUGCAUUCCUCCGAAGCUCUGUGUGUGAACACUUCGGUGCCCAAGGAGUCCGCGUCUAGCGCUCCAGACUUUUUGACGACCUUGUGGGGGAAGGUCUGGGGCCUGGCUGUGGAUUUUGGUCCAGAGCUCCUAGGCGAACACAGCCAAUGUCUGCGGCGGCAGGUGCCAAUACGAGGUGAAGAUGGCCAGUCUCUGGCCUCAACGGAGCUGCUGAUUUUGCGGAUGGAAGCUGCGACAUUUCUGAUUUUGGAGAACCCGGAUGCCACUGAGGCCUUCAUUUUCGAUGGAACUGUUGAAGGCAACUACGUGGUAACUCACACAGCACGAGGCGCCCAGCUAGGUGAUUGGUGUGAGGACAAGAAUGAAGAAAACUUCUCUAUUGGAGCUCGGAGUCAUUGGAGGCGUUACAAUGUCGAAGAUAUUGUGCCUCCAGCUUCACGGCAAUUGGUGUCAGUGCAUUUUGCCAUCAACUUGGCAGAUUGGGAUGUCGAGGUGUUAUUUGCAAAGGUGACCCUGGCACCCUGCAGUUUGGUUGGACAACGGCCGAAGCAUCACCCUUUUGCUCCUCAUGGCAUUCAAAGCUCUUUGAAUUGUGCCAGGAAGGCAGGAUACAAAGAACGGGGUGAAACGAAGCAGCCAAGUCAUUCGGAUCAACUGAGUCACCUGACAGCUGGCGCUGAUGAAGAUCUCCAAAUUCAGUUGGCCUUGGCUUUGUCGCUCCAAGAUCUUGGCUCCGUCGCGGAGGCCGGGCAGGGCCGCCGCUGGGCUCGUCGGAAGCAGCUUCAAAAUCUUCAAACGACGAAUUGUCCAAUUUGUCUGGAGCACUUGGAAGCAACUAGCGCCUUGCCAUGUUGUGGGAAAGUCUGUGCAUCAUGCGCAAGCCACUGGGCUGUGGAACAGGAAUCGCAGGGCUUGGCUUUUGAUGAGAUUUCCUGCCCAUUUUGCAGUACACAUCUUGUCUCCCAUGGUUCCCUACUGGCGACCUUCCUUGGGAAAGACGCCUUGGAGAGAUCGCAGCAAAGGGUGCGGCUCAGAGAAACCCAACUCAGCAAUCAGGAUCCCCUGCCAUCACAUGGAAACUCGGUGUUGCCCAGUGGGGUUUUGAUGCGACUGGGUCUGAAACAAUGCCCGGGCUGUGGAGAAGGUAUGCAGAAGGAGUCUGAGACCUGCCACAAAAUGAUCUGUCGCAGCUGCCGUGCACGCUUCUGUUUUCGAUGUCUUGCCAGGAGGGAGGGCGAAUCACAACGUGAGCUCGUACCGUGGCAAGGUGAUGGGUAUGCUCCUGGUUCUGCCGGUGGUUUGGAGGAAAGUGCCCAUGAUGGCAAGUGGGACCAGUUCGCAGUGAACAAGGAGAUGUAUGGCGUUUCAACCACAUGGCAUGAGGAUAUCUACACAACCAAGCUGGACAAAAGCCAAGUUCCGCAAGACAAGCGGGACAAGGCCGACCAGAUUGCGCGUGAAAUUGAGUCUGGCAACAUGCACGCGGAGGUUGAAGACAAUGUGGAUCGAGAUGUUGACGGCGAUGAAGAGGCUCGCUUCAGUGCUGCCCAACCAAUGGGUGGCAAUUCGAAGGCACUCCAAAAGCCGCUUCCACAGGUGCCAGAAAGACCGGGGCAGGACAUUGCCGGCGGACAAGACAGAGGAGGUGGAAGGAAAGGAAUGAUUUCCGAAAUGAAGCGCAUCAAUGCGUUGAAUCUCGAGCCAACGUCAGCCAAGCAUGACGAAACUACAGCUCGAAGUAGGAUGAACAUGAAGGAAGCCGCCAGGGGCAAUGCCCAACGGAUGCAAGGAACUUCGCAAGACUUGAAGUCUGAGUUCCAACAGUCCUUGGAGAUCAUCGCCCAGCAGGACGCCAAAAAGCGUGGCAAGAAUCCUGAUGGCAACUCGCAAUGGGAUGGCCAGAACACUCAGAACCAGAAGGGCCAGAGCGGCGGCGCGAUGGCGAAGGCUGGAGAUCAGUCAAGACAGCAGAGCGGCUCGUUCUCAUUUAAUCCACAGGCAAAAUCCUUCACGUUGAAUCCGGCAGCCGUUGAUUUUACGCCUGGUGGAGGUCAAGCACAGACUCCAGCCAAGUCUUCUGCACCUUCGCCCAGCUUCAGCACUUAUUCCAAGAAGCCCCCUGGCAAGUCAUUUAAAGGAGGCCUGUCGGAGAUCCUGGAGAUGUUCUUCCAGCGAGCCAAGAAUUCAACGCCUGAUAGUGCCGCGCCUGAUUGGCCUGAUGCCAAGGGCCCCUCGUACAAGGAUGUACUUGGCCAGCCCAACCCAAGUGGGCAGCGCGCUGUUGCAGGUGCAGGACAAAUGCACAUGCAAAAUAUGGCGGCACAGGCUGGCAGUUGGCAGACGCAGAAUCAAGGCCAACAGGGUGGACAGCAAGCCACGAAUCAGGCGCACCAAGUGCAGCAACAGCAACAGGUGCCUCAGCAGAAUGCCCCCCAGAAUCAGGACCAGCAACAAGGUGGUCCGAACGUGGGAGGACAAGGUGGCAUGCCAAUGCAGCCCACAAUGAUGCCGCAAGGCUUUGUUGUGGCCGGGGCGCCGGGUCCUGGUCAAGGCAACCAGCCGAACCAAAUGCAGCAGUAUGGCAACAUGUACCCUGGCCAGCAAGGGCAGCCUCAUCAAGGACAAGGAAUGGGGCAGCCGACCAUCGUCUUCAAUCAAGCCCCAGUGAUGGGGCAAGGAAGUAAUCAAAUGAUGCCGACCAUGAUUGCGCAAGGCCAGCAAGGGCAAAUGGGUGUGACCGCUCCCAUGGCCAAGUUCCCUGGCCAGCAACAGCAGAUGCUUGUGGUGCCGAUGAUGCUGGCAGGCCCAAACCAAUACGGCAAUGGGCAGGGCUUCGGCAUGCAGGGCCCAAUGCAGGGCCAAGGCACUAUGCCACCACAAGGUGGCGGCCCACAGGUACCCACGGCAGCAAUAGCGCAGAGCGCGCUGAGCCCGGGAGGCAAUCUGCCAGAAAGCGUUUAUGCUUCCGGUGUCUGUGGAUUGGACCUUGAAGAUUUCAACGUGUACGAACUGGGCCUCUUGCAGCCCAAAUUUACAGGUGCUGCGCAACGAGCAAAUGGGUGCGAGGGUGCCGAGAGGGCCGUGGAUGGUGACUACAUCAAUGACUACUGCCGACAGAGGCACAACUCUGUGGUACAAUGCCUCUGGACUGCCAAGAAGGGACGGAUUUUGAGGAGCAGACGUUCUUUUCAAAAAGGAGAAAUCAUCUUCCGAGAGCCUCCCCUGCACAUUGUGUCGGAGCAGUCUGGACAUCCCUCAACCUUUGCAAGGGUCAAAGAACUCUGCGAAGAGAGGCCUCAAACUUUUAUCUUUGAGCCCCUUUGGUGCCGCAAAGACUGCAGGAGAUGUGAAACUAUGAUUUUGAUGCUUCAAAAUGGGGAAUAUACCGCUCCCCAAUUUAAGGCAAUUCAUAAACUUCGGGAAAUCAGUGAUCAACCAUGGUUUUGUCAGCAGUACUCUACAUGA